UGCAGACGAAUAGGCACAAUGGCUGCACCGUUUCGCACACCUUUAUCCACCCAGAAAGAUGAUGAUAUCAUACAGUGUAGUACGUCGUCUCACGGUAAAGAUACUGAAGGUACUAGGACUGGAUGGAAAGCUGAUGAAAGUUUGAAGCAUUUCGAUGAGAACAUUAUCGACCUGAUUGAAUCUGAGAUCAUGUCUCAACGCGGUACAACCACAUGGCAAGAUAUUGCUGGUCUUGAAAAAGCCAAAAAAGCGCUCAGGGAAAUCGUUGUUUUGCCUUUUCUGAGACCUGAUAUAUUCACCGGCAUCCGUGCGCCACCAAAAGGUGUGCUUCUGUUCGGUCCUCCAGGAACAGGCAAAACCAUGAUCGGUAGGUGUGUAGCAGCACAGUGUAAUGCAACGUUUUUCAAUAUUGCUGCAUCCUCGUUAACAUCCAAAUGGGUCGGUGAGGGUGAAAAACUAGUUCGUGUUCUUUUUGCGAUUGCUCGUCUCUUACAGCCAUCUAUUAUAUUCAUCGAUGAGAUUGAUUCGUUGUUAACGAGUCGUAAAGAAGGUGAACAUGAGUCGUCGCGUCGUAUUAAAACGGAAUUUUUGGUUCAUUUAGAUGGUGUUGCUACGUUUAGUGAUGAAAAAAUUCUUGUUCUUGGAGCAACCAACAGGCCAUACGAACUGGAUGAUGCAGCAAAGAGACGUUUUGCCAAAAGACUUUAUAUAUCACUGCCAUGUGAAGAAGCCCGAAUGAAUAUUGUUAAAUCUCUUCUGCAAAAUCAGAAACACGAUCUCAGUGACGAUGAUUUGAAAGCCAUUGCUAAAAUCACUGAAGGAUAUUCUGGUGCCGAUAUGAAGCAGUUAUGUGCGGAAGCUUCCAUGGGUCCUAUUCGUGAUAUUCUUCGAUCAUCCUCAGUGGAUAUUGCGACUGUUGAUAGCGAUGAGGUUCGAGCAAUCACAGUAGCAGAUUUUGAGGAUGCCGUUCAAGUGGUUCGUGCAACAGUUAUUGAGCAGGAUUUACUGGCAUAUCGCGAUUGGGAUUCGAAAUUCGAGAUUAUUUUUUACGUUGCGAUGAUGCAAAAAAGAGAUUUUGCAGAAGUUGAAAGUGAGGGGCCACUUGUAUCGGCUGAUCAAAAUAAUGAUGAUGAGUCUAGCAAAGAUGGCAGUGUUGAGAUAGAUGAAGAGGAUGUGAGUAGCAGCAUCACCGGAUUGGACGACUCCGAUGAGAGUGGAUUAUUUUCACAAGAAAGAUUGAUUGGACAGAGUGUUCGUGCACCAUAUAAACGAAUUGUUGACCAAGCGAUCACUUUUCAUGAUGCGAUCAUUUUGGAUUACGUUGGUAUCGCUGAACGACUGGAGGAUUUGAAGGUGACUGUCCUGUAUACUUAUCCAUUAGAGGAUGCCAUGAAAAUCUGUGAAUAUUUUCUUGAAGACCGUUGUACUUAUGGUGAUAGGUGUCGUUUUUCGCAUGGUGAAGAAGUGUUUUUGCGUGAUGUUCUUUCGUAUGAACCACCUGAUUUUAGUUCAUUGAAGGAGGAUAGUUUAGUGCUGAUUGAACGAGAUAAUAAAUUAUGGAGCAGUGGUCGCGUGAGUGCUAUUGAUGGACAAGAUAUUGCUGUUAAAUUAUUAUCGACUGGUAAAGAAAUUGCCAACAAACGUGAAAAAGUGAUACCAAUUGUGAACGAUCAGAUCANAAUCUUUAUGUCAUGGCCAGAACAAAAGAAUGAAAAGUGUGGUCGUAUUUGUGUGGGUGAUAUUGGUGAUUGGGAGAAACAUACUCGUGGAAUUGGAAUGAAGUUAUUGCUGAAAAUGGGUUACAAUAUAGGCGAAGGUUUAGGACGUAAUUCUGAUGGUAUUGUACAUCCUAUUCAACCGGUCGUUUAUCGAAAAAAUAAAUCGUUGGAUGAAUGUAUGACAUCGGAACAUAACAAAAAGGUCAUUGAUGGUUGGAAUAAAAGACGGAAACGUUUGAAGGACGAACAGAAGAGAGUUAUCUUGAAAAAAAUUACUUCUGAACAAGCACAGCCACAAACGGACAUAUUCGAGGUCCUCAAUCAUACCAUUAAUUCAACUCAUAGAGAUGAGGAUGCUGCUAUGCAUGACCGUGAAAACAACGAACAUCUUAAGGCAACAUCGUCGCAGAAAUUGGGUGUCCAUUCAAUAAAUUUGGACAAACAAAUAAAAGAAUUGAAAUCAAAAGAACGAAAGCUACGCGAAGGAAUUGUACGUAAUACACGUGAUCGAAUGACUGUCGAGCGACUUCAGAAAACGUUGGCCGAAUGUCGAAAUGAUAUUAAGAAAUUGCAGAGUCGUCAAGAACGCGUCUCAGCUGAAAUGCAAGGGAGACGUUCGACCAAAAAGGAUUUGUUUUGA